CGAAGACCCAUCUCCCUUAAAAUGGAAACGAGGAAACUCAGAGGAAGCCCAUUUCCCCCAAGGAGAAAAUCACGACAUUGAAUUUUCUCUUCUGUGAUUUUCUCCUCGCAAAAAUUCUCGGAGCUUCCUUUGCUCUUCGCCGCCGCCGUCGUGUCCGCCGUCUUUUGAGAUUUUGAUCUGCAGAAAUUUGAUCGGUGGGUAAAAAAUGACUGCAACAAGCAAGACGGACAGGAAAGCGGCUCUAGACAUUGCAUCAUGGAUGUUCAACAUUGUUACUUCGGUCGGAAUCAUCCUCGUUAAUAAGGCCUUGAUGGCUACUUAUGGCUUUAGUUUUGCUACAACAUUAACUGGUUUGCAUUUUGCAACUACGACAUUGUUGACAACUGUCCUCACAUGGCUCGGGUAUAUCCAGCCAUCCCAAUUACCAUUGCCAGACCUUUUAAAAUUCGUUCUUUUUGCAAACUUUUCCAUUGUCGGGAUGAAUGUGAGCUUAAUGUGGAAUUCCGUGGGGUUCUACCAGAUUGCCAAGUUAAGCAUGAUACCCGUUUCUUGUCUUCUGGAAGUUGUCCUUGAUAAUGUUCGAUAUUCAAGAGAUACAAAGCUUAGCAUAAUGGUAGUUCUUGUUGGUGUUGGCGUCUGCACUAUAACAGAUGUCAAUGUCAAUUUUAAGGGAUUUUUAGCUGCUGUCAUAGCCGUCUGGAGCACAGCUCUACAACAAUAUUAUGUGCAUUUUCUUCAACGGAAGUAUUCGCUCGGUUCCUUCAACUUACUGGCACAUAUGGCUCCGGUCCAAGCCGCGUCUUUGUUGUUGGUUGGACCCUUUCUAGACUACUGGUUGACAAACCAAAGAGUAGACGCAUUCAACUUCACCUUUAUGUCUCUGUUCUUCCUCGUAUUAUCGUGCAGCAUAGCGGUAGGGACGAACCUCAGCCAAUUCAUAUGCAUAGGGAGAUUCACGGCAGUGUCAUUCCAAGUGCUGGGACACAUGAAAACGAUUCUAGUAUUGGUAUUGGGAUUCACUUUCUUCGGGAAAGAAGGGUUGAACGUACAAAUGGUGGUCGGUAUGGUGAUAGCCGUCCUCGGUAUGGUAUGGUAUGGUAAUGCAUCGUCUAAACCGGGCGGUAAAGAGCAGCGUCGGAGCCUCUCCUUCUCCGGCGGCAACAAGUCUCAGAAACUCAAUGUCUUAUCAGAAUCUUCCCAAGCAGAUGCCAAGGUCUGAAAAAAAGAGAUCAAAAGUAUAUGACAAGACACAAAAAGGAAAAAAAUAUAUAUACAAGGUAGAUGAAUAUUUUGAUCCAUAUGUCUUGUUAUUAUUGUUUUUAUAAAAAAAAAAGGGGGUUAAUUUAUUUAACAAGCUGAAUUUCUGUUUCCUGAUUUUGCUUUUUUUAAUUUUAUUUUCCAGAAAUUUUGUUUUUCUUUUCCUUUUUUGUAACCCAUAAGGGAGUAAUCUUCUAAAAUCUCGAGUUCAUAAUUUGUCAUUGUAUUUGUAGCCUAAUUUUAUCUUAUGGACAUAUUUCACC